CUUCUUUGCCACGCACUUUCCCUCUCCGUUUAUAUUACCUUUUCUUCAUCAUCACAUACCCUAAAAAAAACUCUUAAAUUCUCUCACGCAUUUUAUCAAACACAUAAACUACAACUCAAAAAUUUCAAAAACAAAUCCCACAUGCUGCGCACGUGUUACCGGCCGUUGGAGCGUUGCUUCGGGAGGAUCGGCGGAGGAGCAGGCGGAGAUGGGUUGUUGUGGCAUGCGGAAUUGAAGCCGCAUGCCUCCGGUGAUUAUUCGAUAGCUGUAGUGCAGGCGAAUUCGAAUUUGGAAGAUCAAAGUCAAGUUUAUACGUCACCGUCAGCUACUUAUAUUGGUGUUUAUGAUGGGCAUGGUGGUCCUGAAGCUUCUAGAUUUGUUAAUAAACAUUUGUUCCCGUUUAUGCACAAAUUUGCUACGGAGCAAGGUGGGUUAUCGGCUGAUGUCAUAAAGAAGGCGUUUAAUGCAACUGAGGAAGAAUUUUGUCAUUUAGUGAAACGAUCAAUGCCAAUGAAGCCGCAAAUUGCUUCUGUGGGAUCAUGUUGUUUAGUUGGUGCAAUCACAAAUGAUACAUUAUUUGUUGCAAAUUUAGGGGACUCGAGAGCAGUUCUUGGCCGUAAAGCUUUUGACUGUAAGAAAAAACCAUUAGUAGCAGAGCGGUUAUCGACAGAUCAUAAUGUCGCUGUUGAGGAGGUUAGGAAGGAAGUUGAGGCACUUCAUCCUGAUGACUCACAUAUUGUGAUUUACACACGUGGGGUAUGGAGAAUUAAGGGUAUAAUUCAGGUUUCAAGAUCUAUUGGCGACGUUUAUCUGAAGAAACCUGAGUUUAACAGAGAUCCACUAUUUCAACAAUUUGGAAACCCUGUUCCCUUGAAAAGGCCUGUAAUUUCAGCAGAACCUUCGAUAAUCAUAAGAAAGCUCAAACCACAAGACUUGUUCCUCAUCUUUGCUUCAGACGGCCUUUGGGAACAGUUGAGUGAUGAAGCAGCCGUAGAUAUUGUUUUCAAAAACCCGAGAGCUGGGAUAGCUAAGAGAUUGGUGAGAGCUGCUCUUCAAACAGCUGCAAAGAAAAGAGAGAUGAGAUAUGAUGAUAUAAAGAAAAUCGACAGGGGAAUAAGGCGUCAUUUUCAUGAUGACAUCACCGUGAUCGUAAUGUUUCUCGAUCACAAAAAGGGCAAAUCAGGCGGUAAAUUGAAGCAUAAUGCUGUCGGCUGCACCAGUGCUCCUGUCGAUAUUUUCUCCCUAAAUGCAGACCAAGUGGAGCAGGAUCUACUUCACACAAUUGCUUGAACGAGUAAAAGAACCCCGGAAGGGUGAUACUGACUUGUUGAUUUCUAGGUUAUACGAUACAAAGUUGCGAAUUUCGAUUUUCGGGUUUUGCUUCUACUGAUGUUGAUGGCAAGGAUUGAAGAUGGAAAGAACUGAAAGAUUGUAGAUAAUUGGUUGAUGCGGAUGGAACAUGGAACAGGGAAAAGGACCAAAUUGCCAUAAGACUUUUUCCAUAUGAAGAUCUAACCAUAUUUUUGUUCGUUAUUCUCUUCUGAUUGUUAAUUGCUCAGAAUUUAGUACCAAUUUUGUACUUGGUUUCUGUUUACAAAUUUUGAAAAUUGCAAUUUCUUUGCAGUUGCAUACA